GCUUGCCCUGGCGCCAUGGCGGUGGCGGCGCACGCCGCCCUCUUCCCCGCGCGCUGCCGCUGCGGGUCCUCCUCCAGCAUGAUGCACACCACCGCGGCGUCGGUCCGCGUUCUGCAGCCGCCGCGGCGCCGCGGGAGGGGCAGGGCGGCGGGGCCGUCGUCCCUGGGGACCGGGGAGACGGCGACGGGCAGGUGGUGCCGGCGGCGUCGAGCGACGGCGUUCCGGGUGCGCGCGGGGGUGGGCGUGGAGAUCGCCACCGCCGUGGAGGUGAUCAACGACCUGGGCUUCGACACCCUCACCUUCCUCGGCGUCACCGUCCUCGUCGUCCCGGCCUUCCGCGUCGUCAAGGCCAGCCCGAUCCUGGGCUUCUUCUGCGCCGGCGUCGUGCUCAACCAGUUCGGCCUGAUCAGGAACCUCACCGACGUCAAGCUCCUCUCCGAGUGGGGCAUCCUCUUCCUGCUGUUCGAGAUGGGGCUCGAGCUCUCCCUCUCUCGCCUCAAAGCCCUCGCGAAAUUCGCAUUCGGGAUGGGUUUGCCUCAGGUUCUUCUGUCAACACUGGCUUUCGCGGCGUUUGAGCUUCCGCCUAAUGGUGCUAUCGGGACAAAAGUCCUGCAGUUCCUCUUUAAUUCAAAACCUGAUCUGGUGAAUAUCCGGAGCGUCGACGAAGCGAUAGUAAUUGGAGCUGCCCUCUCAUUAUCUUCAUCUGCUUUUGUCCUUCAGCUUCUUGCUGAGAAAGGUGAGCUUGCAACAAGAUUUGGUUCAGCUACACUGGGAAUCCUGCUCCUCCAGGAUAUUGCAGUUGUUCCUCUCUUGGUCAUACUUCCUGUACUAGAGAGUCAGAAUGUUGUGGAGACAAGUAUGUGGCCUAUGCUAGUAGCUGAAAGCUUGAAAGCACUUGGUGGACUUGGCAUACUUUCCCUUGGAGGGAAAUUAGUUAUCAGGCGCAUCUUUGAGUUUGUUGCAGAGUCAAGGAGUUCCGAAGCAUUUGUUGCCCUCUGUCUUCUCACUGUCUCAGGAACCUCACUUCUCACCCAGUGGUUGGGCUUUAGUGAUACACUAGGUGCUUUCCUUGCUGGCGCCCUCCUUGCAGAAACAAAUUUCCGUACACAAAUUGAAGCUGACAUAAGGCCAUUCAGAGGCUUGCUGCUUGGAUUGUUUUUCGUGACUACAGGAACUUCCAUCGACAUGCAGCUUCUUAUCCGGGAGUGGCCUAAUGUUCUGUCGCUGUUGGCUGGCCUGAUUGCAAUCAAGACAUUGAUAACUACUGCAUUAGGAACAAGAGUCGGGCUAACUCUUCAAGAAAGCAUAAGGAUAGGACUGCUGCUUUCUCAAGGAGGCGAGUUUGGGUUUGUGGUAUUUUCAUUGGCGAACAGGCUUGGCGUCCUACCGCUUGAGCUGAAUAAGCUGCUCAUUAUUGUUGUCGUGUUGUCUAUGGCAUUAACUCCGUUUCUCAAUGAACUUGGAAAAAAAGCAGCAGGAAUAAUUGAUGAGAGAUCUGAAACAAAAGAAAAACCAGCUGAGGUGGCGAAUUAUGGUGCGACUGAACCUAUUGUCAUUCUUGGCUUUGGAGAAAUGGGACAGGUUCUUGCAAAGUUUUUGGCUGCACCAUUAUCUUUUGGGCUCGAGCAAGAUACAGAAGGAUGGCCGUACGUAGCAUUUGAUCUAAAUCCUGCUGUGGUCAAGUCAGCUAGAAAAUCAGGAUUUCCAGUGCUAUAUGGAGAUGGUUCACGCCCUGCAGUUAUGCAAUCAGCUGGAAUAUCUUCUCCUAAAGCUGUCAUGGUCAUGUACACCGGGAAGGAAGAGACAGUUGAGUCCGUCGACAGAUUGCGGCAAGCUUUUCCUGCGGUUCCUGUGUAUGUUAGGGCUCAAGACAUAUCGCAUUUGUUAGAUCUGAAGAAAGCAGGUGCAACAGAUGUUGUUCUGGAAAAUGCUGAGACUAGCUUGCAACUGGGCUCGAUGCUUAUGAAAGGGUUGGGUGUCAUGUCUGAUGAUGUAUCCUUUUUGAGUAAGCUUGUGAGAGACUCGAUGGAGUUACAGGCUCAGGAAGCACUCAACAAUGUCAAGGAAGAUACAAUGGAGUCGCUUCAGGUCCGAGUAUCGGACUUGGUUGAGACCAACGGGAACGGUACAGGAAUGAUUCCCCGGGAACAAUCGCUAGGUCUAAGCAGACGCCCAGAGGUGCGGGUGAUGAAAGCGGCUCCGGAGAGUCCCAUACCUGAUCUGAACGGCAAUGCAGAAUCUGACGAUGGUGUGAAAUACUGUCUCCUGGAAACCGCUGACGACGAUGAGAUGGUGGAGCCCCCAGCGGAAGCAAGGAGAUGAUGGACCACCAAGGCACAAGUUGAAACGAAAGACACUCAAACUUCUGGUCUUCUUCUAUUGCAAGGAUCAACAAGUUCAUAUAGGUAGUAGCUGUUUGUACAGCACAUCUGAAGACCGAAGGCACUGAAACUUGAAGGCGCAGUCCGUGGAUACGAUCACCUCAUAAACCGUGUGCGCGGGCUGAAAUUUGCAGCUUGCAAAUUGAAUCCGCGCAAGCAAAGUUGGGUAGACAGGAAGAUUGAAGUCUGCAGCUGCAUAUAUUUCGUUUAAGUUGCGACUGACAGAUCGGGUAGACCUAUCGGCAUUCAGAAUUGCGAGCGCAUUUUUUGCAGAGCGAUCUGUGGCUCUGUGCAAGUAGAAGUCACCUGUAUAGCUAGAUAGAUACUUGUUAUCGUCUCUAGCAUCGCAUUUCUCUGAUUCCUCUUGUAUAAAAGCGCAAAGUUUUCCUGGACAAGCACAUACGCACAUAAAUGACUGUAUAUAUACUAGACAAAAUAUUUGCCAUCGUUGGUAAA